ACAAACAAUCGACUCAAAAUUCAACGAAACCUUCACAUUUUGACAUAACUCAUAUAUUCAUUGGAAUUAACUCAAAAUUUUUGGUAACCAACUGGAAGAAGUCAUCCCCCGUCCCAAAAAACCGAAAACAGGAACCCAAAUCUCAAACCAAGCCACCGGCUAUGGAGCCAUGUGAUCCCGGACCGGAAAGGGUCAUGCGGCAAUACCUAUCGCAGCUGCUGGAGACCGGCACCACCCGUUCCACGGGCUGCAUGGACCGCUUCGUCAUGAAGGGCAUGACCAAUUUCCCGCCCCCAUCCUCCUCCCUCGAGGGCAAGGCUUCCCGUUGCUCGCUGUUCGAGCAGCUCCUCUGCGGCGGAAGCCGAAAAUCAGAGCGUUUGCUGGUGCCCGAUCUGGCCACCGAAUGGUUCCGCAAGCAAAAAGUCUUCCUGGACAAGCUCACGCCGGAGGAACUGGCCGCCCUGAGCGAUGGAUUGGCGGACAAGGAUAGCGAAAAGUCGGGCCAGGAUCAGGAGCAGCUAGUACACCGUCGUUGCCGUUGUCCAGGUCCAGUGGCCAACCAAAAGAAAGAUGCGGAGGCUCCAGUGGGCAAGGUGGCCGCAUGUAUUCCCACCACGGAACCCCGAGCGGGUAAUAGCAAUCCCUUCCUGAUCGGUCAUCAUUCCCAGACGGAGGAGAUGCGUGGCAAGAGUCCCAGGCGUGGGAGGAAGCUCCACUUGGAUGGGGCCAGGCGGGGCAGCUGCUCCUGCCUGAAACGCCGCGCGGGCUCAUCCUGCAGCUGCCUCUUCCAGGCCGAUGGACAGCCCAUGGGCAGCGAUUGCUUGGCCGCGCGCCGUACGGAGCCGCUGUUGCCGCGCCUGCGCCGCAAGUUCGACUUGCGCCAGGCGCCCCAACGUCGGCUCGAUCCGGCGCUCUUCCGCCGCAUCUCGCCGGAGUUCUUUCGCAUCCUGGCCAGCUACGAGGAGGCCAUGAGCGAGAACUGUCCGCUCUACGGCAUCUCGAUGCAUCACUGGGGCGACACGAAGGCAUGUUGUCCGUGCGGCGAUCGGCAUUCUCAGUUGAGGCAUCGCUUCCUGGGCGACGAUACGGUGGCCACCGCCGUGGUUCCUCCCACUUAUGCACCAUUGGAGUCUCGGCAUGAAGAGGAGUACAGCCACACCGCCAGGAGGCAUCAAGAGAAGGCGAGUCGGGAGUCCAGCCCAUCCUCGAAGAAGAUAUCUUUCAGAUCUUCCAAGGACCAAGCAGAGAAGAAGCCAAAAAAGCAGUGCACCAACGAAACCUGUCUUAAUGAAUCCUGUCAUGGAACUAAGGGCAGCGAAAAGGAGUCCAUAUCCUCCGGGGAUGAACAAUCGGCCCUAAAGCGUAGGAAGCAGGAAGACAAACAGCAAACGAAGGAGGGUCAGGAGGAUAGGGAAAUGGAAAGCAGGCAGUCAUUUCAAUCUUCAAAUCCGUCCGAGAAACCCCCGACGGAGAAGCGUCUGUGGAGAUGGGGCGACCAGCAGGAGAGUAAACAGACGAAUCCCCCCGAGAGGCGAAGGAAGUUUCCCAAUUGCUUUCGCCGGCAACCCCAAACAUAUAGGACAGCCUGUGUGCCCACGAACUUUGCUCCGCCUUCUAAUCACCCAUGUGCCCAUCCAUCAGCUCAUCCGUGUGCUCUUCCAUCAGCUCAUCCAUGUGCCUAUCCAUCCGCUCAUCCUCCUCCUGCAACGCCCACCGAUGGGACACCAAUUCAGUGUGGCCACCAGCCCAAGGGCAUUCUGGGUGGAUUCACGGGCAUCUGCAAGCGCUGCAUGGAGCCGGGUCGCCACCUGCUAUACAAUCUGAAUGCCAACUACCAGCAGAAUCGGGAGCGGUACGGUCAAGUCCGGCAGAAUAAGAAACGGUCAAAGGAGGAGCGGCCAGUACGGGACAUAUUCCACAUGGCCUCGCAGCCGGCGCCCUGCAGUUGGCGAAAGUCCAAGGGAGAUUGGAUUGAGGAGGGGGACAGCAGCACCACCCUGACGCCUCAAGCCGAAUGUGGUGUCCAGCGGUGUCCACAGGACUGCAUAACUAAUCAUGUUCAGGCGAAGAGCGAACAGUCCCUGCCUUUUCGCACACCCAUCAGCGAUCGCACCUUGGCCGGAUGGAAUCCAUCGAGCAAUCAAGAUGAGCAGAGGAGCAAGCAGCAAUUGGGGAUGAUGCAAUGCCAACCGGACUGCAAGUGUGGACUUCCGCAGGAGGCUUUCCAGCUGCCGCCCGCUUCCAGGUGCACUUGUGCGCCGGAUCGGCCAGCACAGCAGGUUGUACAGAGCUCCGAGGUGCCCAAAAGUUCCGAGGAUCCGGGCAAAUCCUCCAGCGAGGCGGAGUACUCCAAGUGCGGUCAUCGAGUGAAGGCCUGCUAUUUGGCCAAUGAUUUCCAUCAGCUGAUGCGGCGGGUGGCCAGGAAGAGAACAAGACCUAAGACUCAGCUUCCAGGUAGACCCCAAUCUUUCGCUCCUAAACCAACUUCAAAUAGAGGGCCCAAAAAGACGACAGAGGCACCAGCAGUUUGUCUCAGAACUCAGGUGACCCAGCAGCCUGAAGCUCCAGUAACAUGUCCUGCAACCAAAACCCAACCCAAAACCCCUAUGAAACCCAGGGUUAGACCGAAACCCAAACCAAAACCAAAACCAAGGGUCCUGCCAGAAGAACGGCCUAUCACCCAGGUGGCCAACGAAAUUCCCAAGUUAAAGCCUCUUCCGAAGGUCAAGAAGAAGAAGGUGGAUCGUAGGCCCAGCAAGGAGUCCUUAAAGGAAGCCUCUUCAGCCAGGCGCACCAGUUCCCUCAGCCUGGGCAUCUGUCAGGCGCAAAGUGAUAUUCCCUCGACAAGGAGCCAACCUCAAGUGUCCAACCAACCAAGCAGCAGUCCAAAUCCCAGUUGGAAUACCCCAACCAAAGAGCCACCAAGGAGCACAUCUGCACAAAGGAAUCGAGAGGAGCGGAUUCCGGAUUCCAAGCCCCCAAAGAGGAGUUCGAGCAGAAGGACAAGUCAGAAGAGAACGUCAUCCUGCUGCUCCUUCUGCAGUUUGCAUGGCCAAUCUCGUCGACAGCGUUCCUCCAAAGGGGAAGUCAGUGCAGCCUGUCGCUACACCAAGUCCAAAGCGAGCUCCAUUUCAGAAGCGCCCAACAUGUCGGAUGACUCCUCGUACCGGGCACAACAGAGCCGGGAUGACUAUGUCAGGCAGAAGCCACCAAAGAAGCCAGAUCGCCGUCAGAGAUUCCUGUCCAACUCAUCGUAUCGCUCCUGCUCCGAUGCCUACUCCAGUGAGUAUUCGAAAGUGUGGGAGCAGGAGGAUCCGUGCCGAUGUUCGCCCUUGAAGUCGGCCAUGAAGAAGGCGCCGGUCCAAUGGCAUCCUGAUCCCGGGCCGAUAAACUCCUUCCCCGAAACUGCACCUUCGCAUUUGGAGACGGGUCGACGCUAUUACACGGACACACAGCCGGGUGGCCAGGAGGUCGGCUCCCGCUGCAGCUGUCGCUCCCUGCGUUCCACCAGUUCUAUCCGGGCACUGAGCUCCAAUACGGACAGUGUGCGGUGUCCCUGUGCUCCGGCUCCAUCGGUGGCCAGUGUGGAGCCCCCCGAAGAGGGGGCACAGGUGGAGGAGGAAGAGGCGGGGCAGUGUUUCUGCUGUAGAUACCAGGAUCCCUAUCUGCAGACCAGUUCCUCUCCGCCUCCUCCUCUUCCUCCUCCUCCGUGUGCCUACUUCCAAUCGUGCUCUUGCAGCCGACGUCCUAAGCCCAAGUUCUUUAGUGAAACUCUGCGGUGGGAGCCACAGCAGCACCACCACGCCCGCACUCAGCUGCGCACCCAACGUCCUCCGCCUCCGAAGCACCAACAGUUGGCAAGAUAUCCGCAGUACCAGGCAGAGCAACAGACCAGGGAGUGGAUUCCAGAGUACCAAACUCCUUGUCGCUGUCCAGAAGAUGGUAACCAAAGGUGGGAGGAUCAGGCUGAAGACUCGCAAUAUUACAGGGAUCACAACUAUCCCGUGCAGGGGACUCAGCACAAUGAUGACCUAAGGAACAACUACCCAGGUCAAACGAACUGCCUCACUGGGCGGGGAAGGGAUCGAGCUGGAGCCAUUACAGCUGCUGCCCAGGGACUCCGAGGAUUGGUUAAGGCUUUGGGAGGAACUCGUCAUCGACCGAGACACAAUCCUCAAACAGAUUACUAUCAACCAACUGGCUAUUGUGGAGCACAGGUAGAAGGUAAUCAUAACAAUGCUGCCACUCCCAUGAGACCCACAUGGCCACCCAGUGAGCAACCAGUUUAUAGAGAGGAGUCCCCCAUUUACAUGGGAGCAUCCACCUCGGCCUUCCUAUCCAGAAACAACCCCUCGGUUAGUCCAGAUUUCAAUGGUUACCCAAGAACAACCAACUUAAAUAUGGAUAGGGAUGGGAACUACCUAUCAGUGGAUGAGAGACCCACCAGGUGCCAUGUAAUACAAAACAUGGAAAGGGAACAGUCGUGGUUCAGGAUGAAAGGUGGAGGAGGUAAAGUCAUAGUGGAUCCAUCAGCCAUGGAAAGGGAAGGAUCAUCAUCUGGGUAUCUCUUCCAUGAUUCCCAAGCCAAGUCUCCAUGUAGGAGAACGAAUUCUUUCCCCAAAAGGGCAAGACAAACUGGAGGAGCUUCUCCCCAAAUCGAUAACACCCCUCUUGCGAUAUUCUUGGACAGCUUGAGAGCGAAACAUGCUGCAUCUGAGAUCCUUACCAGAAACACACAGAAGACGGCCAACCGAGAGCCUAGAAAAGUGGCUACACUGGAAAAUGUGCCUAGUGCUUUUCAAGCCGAAGGUCACGAAACUCCAACCUCCAGUGACGAUGACGCGGAUGCGGAUGACAGCCUCUAUUGGAGGAACAGACUGCGCAAAGCCUCGGAGGAGACCAUGGUCAUCCCAUCCACCUACACAGGUCUCCUGGAGGAGCAAGUGCUCGGCGAGUAUUUACCCAAUCCGCGGUGUAAGCGCAGGACAUAGGUUCAACCUCAGCCGGAUCCGAAGGGAUUUAUGUAUCAAUAGACUAGUAUUUUAUGUAUAAGUAAAGUAAAUGUGGAAUAAGUGUUCAGUGAAGACAUUUUUUCCCAUGAAAUACAAUAUCAUCC